AACUUAGGACCCCCUUAUUUGAUAGCAGCUUUCACAAGUCUUGCAUCCAUUGGAACUUGUGAGUUUUGGACAGUUUCUGCUUGAAUUUGUUUGCAAGAUGUCAGAAUAGCCUCCAGAGCUGCUGUUAGAUGGUUAAACUGCCUCUCACCCUCAUAGAUCUUUUGCUUGAGGAUGCUCCAAAGGUUAUUAAUAGGAUUAAGGUCAGGGGAGAAUGGACGGCCACACCACUGACUUUCUCUCCUUUUAUCCCCAUAGCAGCCAUUGAUGCAGAGGUAUUCUUGGCAGCAUGAGAUGAAAGUGGUCAGAGUCAUAAACUCCACAUACUUUGCAGGAGGUCA